CAGUGCUGGCAUUCGUGCUGGAGCUCCACGAGGAGGGAGGCGCACCCCAAUCCCUCGCGUCUCAGCUGGUGGAGAGCCUCGACCAGUCUGAGACGUCCGAGUCAGAUCAGCGAUUCGCAGCACGAAGGAUCUUGGAUGAGGCAGCCAUGUACGCCGGCAGCACGCACCUCCCUGAAAACUCAUUCGAGCUGCUGUUGUCUGCAGGGGAAUCGGAGCGUUUUGCAUUGGGCUGUGCGGAUGGACAAGGCGGACGUCGUCGCAGCACUUCUGUCGAUUGGGCUGAGUCACCACAUCUCAAGACAGGACAAUGUGAGCGCUUGUGUCCUCUCAGUGAGUCAGAGGCGUCUUGCAAAGUGUGUGUUGAUUGUCAGGUGCUCAAAACGCCGCUUCAUGCAGCGGCCCAGGUCGGCAAUGCCGCAGUCACCAAGCUCCUCGUUAGCGCCGCCGAUUCGUCCACUUUGGCACUGCAAGACAACGUCAGUCAGCCAAAUCCUUCAUCAGAGCUCACCAAGGGCAAUGUCAUCGUGUGAUGCAGAGAGAGCAGACGGUUCUACACUUGGCUGCUACCAUUGGUCGGCCGGCAAUCGUGCCGAGCAUUGUUGAGGCUUCGAAGCUGUCGAGAGAGCUCCUCUUGGCCACAAACAGGGUAGGUCACGAAAUGUCUAUUUGUGUCUGUUGCAUCGUUCUUGUGUGUCAGGAUGGCAGCACCGCUCUUCACCUUUCAAUCCAUGGCGAUUUCAUUGACAUCACUCGGCUUCUGUCGAGACCGGACAGCAUCAACUAUAAGGGCUUUCUCGAGAUGACGCCCUUGCAGUAUGGAGUGGCUAAGGGCAGAUGGAUGCAUGUCCAUGCGAUGCUUGAUGUCGUCGUGGCGGCACGGCCGCCAUCUCUGGCCUGUCUAGAGAACGCCGACCAGGUGAGAGGCGAAGGUAUAUCUGCGCUGUGUUGGUUCUGCUUAUCCCUUGUUCUCGCAGCACGGUCGUAAUGUAUUGGCGAUGGCUGCUCACGGCCAUGAGGCUGCCGUUGUGGAGCGGAUGGCCAAGUUUUGUCGUGAAAACAGGGGCAUGCACGUUAUCACAGCGCGAGACAAGGUAGGACCUAGAGGAUGAAGGGGGCGACAAAUAGAGAUGCACUGCCGGCAGGAUGACAAUUCCUCACUGCACUUUGCUGCCUCAAAUGGGAAUGAGGAGAUGGUCCGUUUGCUAGCUGCGAAGGACGGCAUGAAAAGCCAGAACACCAUCAAGGUGGGCACACACUCACCCGGCCACUCUGCAGAUACAGUGAUGAUGUCUCCUGCAGAAACGCACUCCGCUUCAUGAGGGAGCGGCGUUUGGUAAUCCCUCAGCUCUUAAAGAAAUGCUGAAGCAUGCCGACAAAGAGGCGUUGCUCCUGCGAGACAGCGUAAGGAGACACCCACUUUUGGGAGUGAAAGAUGCCUAUUCAUUGUGUCUCCUUCAGGCUUCGCAGACGGCUCUGUCUGUGGCUGCCGCAUGCGGCAAGAGUGAAUGCAUACGCCUCCUUGCAAAUGCAGCAGCAGCGGAGGGUUGUCCGGAAUUGUUGGACAUCAAAGACAAAGUAAGCGAUCAAAGUCAUCCACUAAUCGAGGAAUUCUGCAUCCGCUGCGGUCUCAGGACGGCGAUUUGCCACUUCAUCUCGCUCUUCUUCACGACUGCAUUGAUGAUGACGUCAUCCUUCUUCUCGCCUCUGAAGGCCGAGUGAAGCAACAGCGAAAGGUAUUUUGUCUCAGCAUGUCUCACAGUGCUGGACAUACGUGUUUGUGCUAUUUGUGUGUGCGCCAGGACGGUCAGACUGCGUUUCACUUGGCUGUGGUGAACGAAGAUGUGCUUUUGGUAGAGGAGCUCUUGAAGAGAUUCAAAGGAGAGGCUCUUUUCAUCGCAGAUGAGGUACACGACGUAGCAAUGAUAGUAAAAGCGAAAGAGGAUCUUUCAACUUUGUUGUUUUGGCUCAGAGAGGCCGCACUCCUCUCGAUCUGGCAUGGACGCGCUUCGACCCUGACAUGCUUCGUUUGCUGUCCCCUUGGGCUCAUUCUGAGGCGCCUUUGCCGGAAGGGCCGAUUUCCAGCAAGCAGGGCGGCUACGGCACCUACGACUCCGUGGCCAUUCCCUUGGGUGAGGGCAACUUUAUUCGGAGGAUCGGUCGUGCAGCUGGUCUAGACGACCAGUACGUGAGAAAGAUACUCGCGGGGCGUCCUGCGCUGGCAGCCAACGAGGAGACAAGGAGGCGGAUCGCCGAGCUGGAAGCUGUUCUUCGGGCUGCUCCAGUGUCUCCCGUUGAGCAAGAGGGAUCGAUCACCAUUCCCAGUUGGCUUCGCAGGCGGAAAAGCCAACAAGAUAUUCUGGAUGAAGGCAACAGCAUUGGAGGUCACUCAUUCCCUCUUUGGGAGGAGAACGAUCCUGACUUGAUCGUCCGCAGCCACAGCGAUAAUGAGGCCUUCGUUGAUAUCGGGUGGGACGGCAAUGAAGGAGACUUCUCUCUGUCCAAGACUCAAAGCAGAAAGUUCUAGCCUGGCUUCGACAUGUGGAGGCGCCUGCCCGAGAUUGUCAGCAAUGCCAUGGUCGCGACCGAUCGCUUGUCGGCGGACAGUGUCCAGCAGGGGUAUGUUGGAGACUGUGCAUUCCUGAGCUCUCUGGUUGCGCUGGCCAAUUGCGAAGAAAAAGGCCGUUUGCCUCUCGUGAAGCAAGUAUCUACCCGAAAGAGAGACCGGACAGUCCAAAGCCCGUUCUCAGUCCAGAAGGCAAGUACGUGUGGAAGCUCUUCUUCAAUGGUGGUCCGAGGAAGGUAAUCCUUGAUGAUACCAUCCCGACUCUCACCAAGAGGGAGUACGAGCG